UGAAAGACAACUCUGCUUGUAAACAUGCGCUCACCGCCUUGUUGCUGUUUGUAUCCUCUUAUUUUUCAGAUAUAAAAACUGGAAGCGACAGAAUACCGUGCUGCUUAUUAUAGUCUUCUGAAGAGGCGCUGCUGAGCUGGCGAGGCGCUGGAUCACCGCUGCGAGGCCGAGACAAGGCUGAUUCAGAUUAUCCCAGUUCUUAUCUCUUUCGCUGGACCGUGUCAGUUUGACAAUUAAUCCCGAGCAGAUAUCAGUCAAGAUGAAUAAUCUAUGGCGUACUUAUGCAUUCUUCGUCGACUUCCUCUUUUCUCUCCUUUCGACCGUGGCCGAAGUUGCCAUGUUCUGGCAUACUAGGAUGUGGAGUGUCAUACUUGGCUCGCGGCCUGAAUCAAGGAUCCUCCAACAAAUGGGAGAAUGCGAGACCUAUGAGGAAUGGAUGGACCUAGCGUUUGAGCUUGACAGUGUUUUGGGAAACGACCUGUGGCGAGCAAAUCCAAAAUCUGAUCUCUACGACUACAAGCUGAUCUCUGAACGGCUUGAUAUGAUUAUGGAGAUGAAAGAGAUGGGGGAUGUCAUCUCUCUUACCAACAACAUAAGAUCUGGUCUGGUUCGCAAUCUGGGAAAUAUUGCAAACAAAAAAUUAUUCACUUAUACCGGCACCAAAUUCCUCAUCGAGAAAUACAACCUCGAAGUCAUCGACAGUUUCAACUUCCUCCUCGAGCACCCGCUCUCGACUCUCAGCGUGCAAGCAAAGCUCGACCUCGUGCACGACACUCGUCAGUCAUACGGCCUCUCAACCCUCGUUCUCCAAGGUGGUGUUUUAUUUGGCUUAUGCCAUCUCGGUGUCGUACGGGCGCUGCAUGAGCAUCAGCUGCUGCCGCGUAUUAUUACUGGCGUCGGGGUCGGCGCGUUGAUUGCUUCGCUUGUGUGUAUUCACAGGGACGACGAGCUGCCUGAGUUUCUGGACGGGAACGGAAUCAAUCUGUCUGCGUUUGGAUCUCAAGACCCGGAGGUCCAGUCUAAAGAUGCAUGGACGCGGAUAAAACGGUUUGUAACGAAAGGGUAUCUACUCGACAUCCAGGUCCUGCAGCAGGUGGUCCGCGAUAACACCGGCGACUUAACAUUCGAAGAGGCCUACGCACGAACUAGACGAGUGUUAAACAUCUCGGUCCAUUCUGACGACAAAUACGUGCCAAACCUAUUCAACUACCUCACCACUCCCAACGUCCUGAUCUGGUCCGCUGCCUGCGCUAGCAACGCUCUACCAGGUCUUUUUGAAGAAAUCCUCCUCAUGUGCAAGAACGAGCACGGCCAGAUCGUGCCCUGGAUGCCCACCGGCUCCACAAUCAAAUGGAAGUCAUGGACAGCCACCCCGCGCGCCGAGCGCGAGGCGCCGUAUACUCGUGUCUCGGAGCUGUUCAACGUCAACCACUUCAUCGUCUCCCAAGCACGUCCCUACAUCGCGCCCUUCAUCAUGCAGGACUUCCACCAAGGCGAAAGCUCAUGGCGUAUAAAGCUUCUGCGCCUAGUCGCGUUUGAAAUCCGCCACCGGCUCUCCCUUCUCGAAACCCUCGGUCUCCUGCCCGAUUUCCUGCACAAGCUCUUUCUUUCCGACGACCGCCGGCUGAUGAACUCUGAAAUCAUCACGAUCGCACCAAAUCUCACAAUCAGCGACUUUUGGCGCUUCUUUGUCGACGCACCGCACUCGCGCGAGGAUAUAAGGUACUGGAGCAAGAAGGGGGAGCAGAGCGCGUGGUUUGUUUUGCCGUUGAUUAGGCAGCGGUGCGGGGUUGAGUUUAUGCUGGAUAGCGUUUAUGAUGUUAUGUUUCGGAGUCGCAAUGCUCGGAAGCUGUAGCUUGGGAUAGUUGGUGUUUGGCGCUGGUUUGCUUUUUUGCUGUAUAGAUUAUCGACGCAUAUGGCGUCGGGGGUUAAGUAGGUUCUGGUUUUGUACAAUAGGACUGACUGUGCCUGUAGCUGAUUGAUAGUACUCUAAGAAGUAAUUACUCUAAGCUUAUCAUAAUACUCUAUAUUAACCAAUGUCCUAAUAAAG